GGGUUUUACCAUGACGCGCUGAUGUUUGUGUGCUCACCCUGGCGAAGGAGAACCAAGGUGCCCACACUUGAGGAUUACCCGUAAGAAGAUACUUGAGCAUAUACUGGUAAGUUUCCUAAAGUGUUGUAUUUGAAGCCUGGUGACAUCCUCUUGUAUUUGGAUAGCCCUCUGUUUUACAUCGGAAAAUAACGGUCACGAAUCAGCCUGACCAGUUCACGUUACCUCAGUGAGCUGCUAGCUUAACUUCUUGUUAGCAUUUGUUUAACGGUAUGUGAACGGACGCUGGGGUCACAGCUGACCUAUUAGAGCCGAGCCCACAUUCAACAGGCAUUAGCAUUAAAAAGAUAAAUGUUUGUAACUGUUAUCAAGGAGAAAAAGAGCGGCCGAUGGUUGAAUUGUCAAUGCCAAUCUAGUGGUAAAAAGUUCAAACGCAAGUGGAGCUUCCUGAACGUACCACUGGCUAUUCUUCCUUAACACCGCCACCUGUCUACUGACAAAACUCUGUAUAUUUAUCACCUUAUAAAUCAAAUAUCACUUACAGCUCGAAAACACUGUAUAAUCAGUCAUAAGUACAAUUUGAAAACCCUUUCGAACAGUUGUCGAUCGAUAGUUUGUUGUUGGUUGUAAUGCCGAUAUUUAGAGAGCGGGUCAUCUGGUGCUGCUAAAUAUUCAGCAGAUAUCGCAGAUUUUUAAAAAUUACAGUUAAUUUAGUAUCACAAAUUUACAUUACCUCUGGAUUUGCCCUGUCAUUUAUGAUAAUCACAAUAGAACAAAAUACAAAAUCAAUAAUAAAGUUAUACAAACACAUUUCUAUUGUUCAGUAGGAUUGAGAAGACAUGCUUGUUUCGUCUGUUUAUGUUCUAGAAACAUUUUUAACAAAUUCAUGAGACAGGUAAAUUCAUUCAGUUAUCUUAUAGUUUUCAGAACAUGAUGAUAUGAAACUGUACUAUUCAGCACACCACAGCGCAGUGUAUGUCUAACACUAGUCAGUCACUUUGAGAUACUGUGUGUUUGAAUUUAGGAUGAGGAAAGUGUUUUAUCGUUUAGUCAAGACCAUAGUGACUGAGGAAACAAUAUGACCUUUGUAACCCAUCCUGGUGACCCGUAGCACCACAGGUACAGUUUUUUUGUUCAUGAUGCAACAAAAGAGAUGCAGUAUGUUUUGUUUGAAAACCUAGUUUUUUUCAAAAUAGGUCCUCAGCUGCUGUCCUCUGGUUUUUACUUUGCAUUUAAUCUCAUGGCAAAGCUUGGCUUUAAUUGAGGUUGAUUUAAACCAUCCAAAACACUGGAUAUAUGGACACAAUAAUGCUCUUUUCCUUUAACAUACACAAAAAGGUGUCAGUGAUCAGGUAGCCCAUCCAAUAUUGGCUGGCUGCUGUCCAACAUACAUAGGUGUGCGAUAUGAACCACUAAAUGUGUUUUAUCAUCUUCAAAUUAACCUCGGCACAGAAUAUGAAAAACUCUGAUUAUCUAUAUUCAACCUUGAUUUAGCGACAAAACAGAAGCACAUUCAGCAAACUUUGGAGGUCACAUUUACUCGAGUGACUCAGUUUUAAAUAGAUAAGACCUGUUUUUCUUAGAUAAGUUGUUUUUAUUGAUAUCAAUAACAGCAUGUCAUGUAAUUAACAAGGGUGAGUGAGAACAAUUCAUGUCUUUUUAAAACCUUUUGAAUUUUUAAAACCUUUAUGAGGGAUGGAAAAAAAUUGUCAAUUAUUGAUUUUGGCAAAUUCCCCCAAAGUAGCAAGGUACUUGUUUUUGCCAGUACUGCACAACCCCAAAAUGUUGUGGGAAUCACUGCAGUAAUUCCAAGUCAUGUUUCAGAGUGGUGCAGUCACACUGGCAUGCACGUAAUUCCGAGGAAAAUGCCACUGGUCCUGCAUUUCCUCGAUGGCAGUUUGAAUCAAGUCACUGGUAUGUGGUUGGUGGACUUUUUCAGCUGGUAGCUCUACGCUGUGUCAGGUGUAACUCAUGUUAGACUAUUGUACUGAUAUUCAGAGAGACAACAGGCGGACACUAGAACUCAAGAUAUCAAUAACAGCUCUGCUUUCUGACAGAUGAGACAUCGUAGGCUUAAUGGAGACUUCUUAUUAUAAAGCUGGACAAAUGUAUUUGCCACAGCUUGGUGAACAUAUUCAGUGUUUAUUCAGUCAGUGUAAAUUCCUAAUUAUCAUUAUUAUUAAUAAUCAUAUUGAUUUUGAACAUGGCUCCAAACUUAAGGCAUUUGAUUUAGUCCAUAGCUGUACCUGUUGUUACGAGAUGUAUAUGAUGAAUUUGAUGGUGACCUCACAUGUGGGUCCUCAAGUUGGUCAGACACAGUGGGUAGAGACUGUCCUGUUCCACUGUGAAAUGCCAGCCCAACAUUCUAUCAGUUUGCAUGGUGUGAAACUGAUAACACAGCAGACAUUUCAAUCUCAACACUACCUCAUUAACUUUAUUCUGUCGCAAUAACAACCUCAACCAAAAAUUAUCCUUCCUGUGAUAUUAUCCAGAAAUACAUGUUUAAUAAGUAUCUUAGUAACUCAUUACCACCAACCACAACCCUAUCACCAACCACAUACCAGUGACUUGAUUCAAACUGCCAGUUCUUCUUAUUCUUAUUAGCCUAACUGAGCUUUGUUGCUGUACACUGGUAUGUAGCCAUGGGCUCUCUAACUGAUUGUUUGAUUUGCAGGGGCAGCAUGGAUGAGGAGGAGAAUUUUGUGAGCAUUGAUCUGAAUGACGACAAUAUCUGCAGUGUCUGUAAGCUAGAGACCGAGACAGGGACCUUAUCUUUCUGCCACGUCUGCUUUGAACUCAGCAUUGAAGGUAAGAGACAGAUGUAGAGGGUGGGUUUUAAAAAAGUGCCGAAGGGAGUCAAUGUUAAAGGGAAAGAUGGCCUUUUACUCAAACCUUGUAAAUAUAUUUGUAAGAUUUCAAAGAAUUUUACAGGUUACAGUCCAACUUGUUAUUGAUGUUUCUUCAACCACAGAAAGACCUCUCUGUGCCUUGAAACUUAUGAACCAUGCACAUAUUCACCUUCAUCUGCCUGGUGGGAUUCAGGAUGAAAUUCACCAGCAUUUUCAAGGGCUAGCUUUAUACAGAGAUGGUCUAGCCGCCAACCAUCUCUAGUAUUUCCAUCACACUAUGGAUGACUUUUAUGGAAACACGGGAUUAACUGUUUUGAUCAUCAGAGCUGAAAUACAGCCUCAGAACCUUUCAUAUUUGUUGACAUCUCCUAUGAUUGCCCUGCACACACACUCCUUUUAUCCUCUCCAGGAACUGCGUAUGAGAUAUGUGCAGGGUAAUGGUCCUGUUGGACCAAAGCCCUCUCUAAAGCAGGCCACUGUGAUUCUCCCGUUUGAUGUGCCACUCCAACUCAAGAGCAUGUGUUUGAAGUUUUUUCAUCUCUUAAUUAACGAGUGGCCUAUUUGAAGAAGAAUGGGAAAUCAGAAGGGUAUUAGAUAUGCCUCUCAUUCACAACUCGUCUCACAGAUCUCACAAAGGCUGCUGAAUUCAAUAGAGGAGUGUGUGUGUUUGUGUUUCUGUGUGCACAGUUGAUUGUGUAUGACUGAACAGCAUUAUAUAGCUGACUGAGAACUCCAAGAGUGGUAUAUCAUUCUGUUGACAUCGAGGGGGAAAUGCAUGCAUAAAAGAUUUAUAGGUCUAUUUUGCACUGGUAUAAAGGAAGCGAGUGUAGAGGUAUUGAUUGAUCACCAUGUUGUUUGUGUGUGGUAAAAAUCUUGAGGCCCAGACAAGCAGAGAUAGGAUAGUGCUCAAGUUGAAGUUGUUUUUCUUUUUAUUGCCGCAGGCUAAUAAAUCUUCAUUGAGCAGAGGAGUUAUCAAGAUAUGCUGCAUGACCCAUUUAUGUUUGCUGGCAUGUACAUGCAUCAAUAUAUAAUGUAGUAUAACUGAAAGUGAAAGACUGUUUACACCCAGCAAACUUUCCCUGCUGAGUUGUUUUGAAUGGAAAUUGGAUCAACCAUGUAUGAGGCAAUAUCAGGGAGUUGGCUCCGAAUGGCAAAAUAGUGCCAUUUGUCUGUAGAAGUAGAAAAAAUGAACCUGUGCAUAGCAGACAACUGUUACAGCUAAAACCCACAGGAUUCGAAACAGCUCCGCUCCACUCCGGCACGGAAGGUGGAUCAAAUACGCAAGCAUUAUAAUCAGUGUGAGUGAUUCCACACAAUUCGUCUGCCGUCCGGCUCCGCUGCGGAUCAGCUCCAGUGGUCAGAUCAGAUACGCAAGGCUUCAAUUUUUGCCGGAUUCGGUAGUAUGGUGCAUCAAUUCAGUGCUUGCAGCACGAGCAGCAGCGGAAGUUGAAUGCAGCUACAGAGUAAAAUAUCCGGUUAAUUUUCAAAAUAGAAUAAAGUCAAUACAUUAAACUGUUCUUCACUUGAUAAUAGGAGAGGCCAGGGUUGUGGGAUGUGGGUGUUUAUAUACACCACUGUUUAUACACACCGAUCAGCGGAUCUGAUUCAAUGUCUCAAGGGGAAACACGCAAGAUCUUGUGGGAUCUCGUCCAGUCCUACGGGAGAUAUCUGUAAUCUCGCAAGCGCUUCUCCUGUGAUGGCGGUGGCAGAUCUGAUCCGGUGGGCGCUGUAUGCUUGUAUUUGAUCUGCCUGCUGGUCCGGAGAGGAGGGUUCCGGAUCCAGUGGGAUUCCUGGGUUAGCCCAAAUGAGUGUUUAGCUCCUUUCCCACCUGGAUCAUUGGGAGAAGUUGAUCAGAUGGUUUUGACGUAUGUUAACACAGUAGUUGCACUCUGAUGCAGAACAAAAGAUCACCCAGAAGAGGUGGUCUCUGCCACCUUUGAUGCCUGGAGCAGCUCAUUGAGACAAUGCAAUCAAUCCAGCAACCGGAGCUAAAAGCUUCUUGACUCAUCACAGUUAGUAGAGAGGUUAUAACACAUGCAGUAGCAAAGCUUCUGGGCAAUUUUGUUUGGAAUUGAUAGUUGCUGUAAGAUUAGCAAUAGGCUAAUGUUACUCAGUGUUUCCAUCCAGUGGCACAUCAAACAAGAGAUGCACUGAUCCUGAUCCUGGUAUCAGGUAUUGGCCAGAUACUGACCUAAAAAGACUGAUCAGCAUCAGUGACAAAGGGCCGAUCCUGUGGCUAAUCUAGUUAUUUCGAUCUAUUCAUAAUUUCUAGUCUCACCCUUAUAUAAAAGAAUAAAGGUUGUCAAUUCAAUGCUUGUGUUGGUAUUGGUUCAGUAUCAGUAUCAGCUGAUACCAAAACUCAAGCAUAGGUAUCGGAACUCAGAAAGUUGGAUUGGAGCAUCCCAAGCCAAAAAGCCCAGGCCACUAGUUCCACAGCUGGUUUAGUCUAGAGAAGUUUGAGUGGGGUCCCUCUCAUCAGUGGAACCUCCACUUUUGUCAAGCUGGUCUGUUGGCUUCACAGGUGUCCUGUUUUCUAGGCUGAUGAACAACACUGCUUAGCAGAGUGGUGAAGGUUCCUCAUGUUGUCCCUUCUGUUGAGCAAACUUGACAGGCUGAUAGCAUUCAGAGCUCACUGUUUCCUCCAAGCAGCUUUACAGGGAUGUGUCCAGACUAUUGGUCCAGACAAUUUAACAACAAGACGAUCUUUUAUAAUUACCAUAACAGGGAUAUAUGUAUUAGGAGAAUAAUAGCUUUCUUCUUAGAUUACCUGUUUAUUUGACAGGGUAAUUAAAAAAAAAAAUGGAAUCUCUGAAAUACUUGAUUACUGCAGCCCUACUUUAACAUCAUCCAGCUAUAUACUACACCAUCAUAUAUUUUUGUCUGGACAAGGCUUGCAUCUCAUAUAAAAAAUAUAUAUAUAUAUCUGAUUGCAUCAUCCAAUGUUUUGGUUAUAAUUUAAUGUGUAACAGAUAAUGUGUUCAUAUAAACUAUGACUAAGUAUUUAUGUCUGACUCUGUCCCUCAUGAAGCUUCGUUGGACUGCUUUAAAAUAAUGUAAAAGCAUAGCCGAGGCCUCUUUCCAAUACAUCAACAUGUGUACAAACUGGUCGUUGGCAUAAAAUAUUUCUUGCGAUUAAUAGCGACUCUUGUGAUGUGUUUCCUUUGAACUAUUGUGCAGUCUCAGUCGGUCCAUUGGCUGCUCAAUCAUUUAUAGAAUCUGUGGCCUGCAGUAUCUUAAACUGUUACUUGCCUAUUCAUUGCACUGUGUUGUUGCAUACAGGAUAUUGUGCAUACUGUUGCAUGUGUAAAAUGCAUGUUUCAGGGUCACCUUCAUAGAUUGCCCUUAUGCAGACUCGCAUCCUAAUUAGACAUGUGGAUGUCUCUGUGUUUGAAUGGAUAAUUCUCCUUUUAGAGACAGAAUACAGUUAUUCAUCUGCUGACAUUUCAGAAAGUCGGGGACGUUUCUGGCUCAUUUAAGGUGUUCUUGAUAGCUUUAUUUAGGAUGACAGCUAACAUCCAACAAAAGCCCUCAAUGCAUGAAUAUCACAUUGAAGUCCUGGGGGUUCAGGGAUUUUGAUAGAGCCCGUGUGUGGCAGUAAAGGGCUUGUUAUGUAACUGUUAGGUCUUGGGGGGAGGAGGGUUUGCAGACAUGCACGUUCCUCUGAUGCAGCUGAAGGAAUCAUAAGUGAGAGGCGAGCUCCCCAAGCUGAAUGUGGUCACUUUAGGCACGGCUGAUCAGAAACCAUGGCUGAGCCGUUUGCUUGCUGACUGCUCAUGUAGACAUAAAGAGAGACAUCAUUCAUUCGGGGCCAUUCCUCAUUAAAGGGGAGGAGAACAAAAGACCAAUCAGAGCGCAUGCAGACAGAGUGUACAGAAGAUAUAAAAGAGAGAGUCAGUGUAUAUAGACCCAACCCAGAUUUUUCUUGUCCUAAACCAUAUUAUACCAUCUCAGGGGUGCUGAAUAUUCAUUGCUGUCUUACUCUAUGCUGCUGGCCUUAAAUAUUCAUAAGAAGCAAUUGAUGCAGAAUUACUCCCCGUGUUUUUCUUCUUAACCAGAAGACUAGAUUGCGUAAAAAUGAAUCACAGUAGUGUCAAAGAUAUGAAAAUAAAUACCCUCUGCAUUUACUCCUUUCUACACUUACUGACAGCAAACAGAAUUACAGACUUCAUUUUAGUUUAAUCUUUCACUCUCAAAGAUUAUCAGCAACAUAUAUUUCUGUACUGACUGGUUUAUAAAAAGACAAGGUUCUCAAGAGACCACAUGUAAGUCUAAAUAAAAGCCUGCUGAAAAUACUAGCAUUCCUCAUACUCGGUUAACAAUGAAGACACAUUUCAGACUCAUUUUCAUCUUUGGCAACAAGCAUCUGCACAUAACUUGUAAGAGGAGGUAUGAGAGGGUUUUUAUCUAACAUGAGACAUUGCUCCUCAAUCAGUGCAUCAACAGGUAAGAUUUACUCAAGGACCUCUUUCCCUCUCUGUCUCCCACUCCCUCUUGCAAAGCAGUUGUACGGUGCCGUUAGUUAUCAUAGGGUAGGAACAAAGAGAGACAAAAGAUCAUCUAAAUCACUGAUGGCAAAUGCUUAUUUUAUGCAGAUCAAACCAAGAAAAAAUAGAAAAUUGGUCAGCAAUCAUACUUGGGCAGCCUGUAUUCAGCCUGCAGCCAUAGAAACUCAUCACUGAAUCAGACUUAUUUUGACUGGUUCAUGUUUGACCUUGUAUUUCUUUUUGUUGAGUGAUCCUUCAGUGAUCCAGAGUCGCUUCUCUGUUAGCCUGAAUGAUAAAAAUGGAAAAGAAAGAUUUAAACAGAAUAGUGAAAAUCAAAGCAGCAGUAGCCAGAAUAUCUGUCGUUCUCAGCUGGCUGCAAGUCAGAUGCAGUAUAAUUUUUCUGACAGACAAACAGCUGAUCAGGUUUCCUAAAGCUUUUUGUUUGGUCUACAUACACUGUAAUGCAGUUUAGUAAUGCAGUGUGAAUCACCCAGUACUAUGCCGUUGUGGGGUCCAGUGUGUCAGUAUCAAGGUGUAGUGAUGGUGGACCUUUGUUCCUUUGUCUUGAGUGAUUUGCUUUCUCCUUGUCUUUCAUCCCCAGCCUGGCAAACUCUGAUAUCAUCCUCUGUAUAUUUAUUUAUUUACUUGCUUAACCCCCUCCAGAAUCACAAACAUUACAAAGCUGUUUUCAAAGAUUAAGCCGCACUCCUCAUGAAAAUCCAAUUAGACUUCAUGUAUAAAACCACUGGAGUGUCCCAUUUAAAUGUCUGAAAUAAGAUUUUAUUGGUACAGCACUGCUGUUGUGUUGUUCCUCAGCUCUUGCUGCAGCACUCACCACAGAGAAGAGACCCACUAUGAGUUAACUGCUUACACUUAAGGAUUCGUUUCCACCCACCACCUCCCCAAGCUCUGCUCGGAGGUCUUCAUGCAAACGGUCUGUUCAGACUUGUCACACACAGAACUCUAACAUAAAAGAAGACAGCACUGUAUGUCAACUGAUACACAAGAUCGACCUGUAAUUUAAAAAAAAAGUCAUCUUGGAUUCCAGUCGGUUAAAUACAAGCUUUGAGCGAGGUGUUUAUGUUGACAAGGUGCAGAGUUGUUUCUCAGCUCACAGAAGCACCAGCUGCAGAAAGAAAUUGUGAUGGCUUCCUGUCGAGAAACUGUUGAGAGUGGUUUGAAACAGGAUGAAUGUUCAGGAAGUGCAGCCUUUGUUGUACCUCCAAGUGGUUGUUUCCCGAGGAAACUGUUUUGGCCUGUGUGUGCUGGUUCCAUCAGAAGGACCCUGUCGAAGUUGUGUCUAUUUUUAAAUUGCUCAAUUUCUCCUGAACAAGCCAUUUCUUACAUUCAGACCUCUCUUUUCUUUGUACUCGUUUCACCAUCUGAGCUUUGUACCACACGUGGUUACACAGCCCUUGAGCGUCAACACAACACAGCAGAGAACAACAGAGCUGCUGCAGCUAACACACCAAAACACACAGAGCCAGUCAAGCCAGUCUCUGCGUUUUACUUAUCUUCUGUGAAGUAGAUGAGGAGGUUUCAAUCAUAAUAAAUCUGUGUUCCUAAUAAAUAUUCACUUUCUACAUGACUGUGUAUCCUUACAUUUAUACCCAGACACUUAAAUAACUGUGAUGCCCAGGUAGGGCUGCUUGAUUUUGGCCAAAAAUAUUUUUUUUUCCCUCUGAAAACUUAAUUUUCUUUUUUUUUUUCAGUGACAACUUCACUAAACUUCACUUUAAAAAUAAAAAGUUUUUCUAUCAUCUCUCAAAACGAAACCACUGAAAAUGAUGUAGUGCAUAUGCCAGAAAGUGGCGCUGUAAAUGCACAAAAGACAGAAGAACAGUACAAAGCAUGCGUUUAAAGGUUGUUUUGACCGGACACUCAAAGGCGCCAUAAAAGAGUUACGCUGUGUGUCACAUAGUCGUUUAAAGAGAGAUGCAGAUAAACAUCCACACGGAGAUGAAAUUGUAGUUAUUUACUGAUUUAUGCACUCUCUGACCUGUUUUCAAAAAGUACAGCUUACAGUCACCCGAAAUGCCGUUUCCAUGUGAAACGCCAAUAAAACAAAAAACUUUUGCUUUUACUCCUGAAUUCGUUUCUGUCUGGACGGGUUGAUACCAACUGACUUGCUCUUGCCCCUUGUAGCCACAAAAUUAGCCACAAACGCCAUGUUUCCAAUGGUGUGCGUGGGUACUGGGGAGGACUCCAACAGGAGGGGGGAGCCUAAGGUGGCCUGGAGGCACAAAACAUGAUUGAGAGGAAAAUUGAUUUGAUGAUUUUAAUUUUUUUUACAUCCUCAUUACCAAAUAAUCUGAUUACAAUUUAAAAUCGAUUUAUCGUGCAGCCCAAUACCCAGGAUUUAAUGCUAGUUGUUAAAGCAAGGUAAAAAAAAAAAAACAAUCACGACUUCCAAUUCAGCCAAACUUCAAGUCCUGUUCUCCUGACCAUUCCUGGCUGAUCUGAUCUCAGGUAAACAGUUUGAAGUAAUCAGCUAACAUGCAUCCACUCUGACUGCUAGUAACUGAAUAUUUCGGCUGUGGUUUACUGCAGACUGAUUUUGUUGGCCAUUUUAGACGGUAAUAUUGCAGGCAUACAGAAGAACCCUUCAUCUAAAGCUCUGGGUUUGUGUUAGCAUUUUCAACAAGCUCUAUGUAUAUAAUCAGAAUACUUUGCUUGUGUUUGGAUAAUGUAUCAGGAAGGACUGACUGUUGCUGUUGUCUUAAGAUAGCGCUCCAGGAUGCUUUAGCUUGAAAUUUCCCUGCAAAGACAUCUGUUACUAUGGUAAAUGUAGUUACAGAGCUAAUAUAGGAUUGUUUGGCCUCUGUCCAUAACAAUUUUUCGAGCUUAUCCUGUGGGGUAAUCUUGACAAAUCAAUGUUUUAUCCUGAUUUUAUGUUCCGAGACAGUUUCACAAGCCUAGGCCAUGUCAUCUCCUCUAUAGAGAACAGAAUCCUCCCAUAGCACCAAAUCACAACAAAUAUUAUCUCUGGUCUAGAGCAUACUCUUCAUCAUGUUUACAAAGAUCCAACAUCAAAACAGGAUAAGAUUGAGUCCCAUCUUGAGAGAUCAGCUUAAAUCACACCAGGAAGGCUUUUUUUAAACGUGACAACUGUGCUUUGAGAGCUGAGCAUUCUCACACCAGGGUGUGAGUUUCUCAGGGUUUUCACCUCUAGCCUGUCUGACAGUUUCCUUUAAUGGUCUUUUGGUCUCCUCUCACAUCGUGUCGGCUCAGACGCCUGUCGAGCUGUUAGGUUAAGCUAACAACCAGGACCAUUCCUUUAUCUUCUUACAUAAUACAGGGCGCCUUUUCAUUGAGGUCUGUCACUUUAAUCAGCUGCAGUAUGGAAAGGAAAAACAGAAAAUUCCUGUAGAGAGAGGCAGGAACGAUUCAGCCUGAGCUCUUUCUAGUUGUUGCUCUACAGGGCUUUUGUAGCAUGGUCAUGUAAACAGCAACAGUGUGACCACAGCAGGGGUCCAGAGACUUUCUGACCCUACUGGAGAGUCAACUUCUCUUAUACACUCUAUACUGUAAAGCUUUGCGUGUAAUACAUCACCCUAAAACCCCCUACCUUGAUUUAGACAUUAACCGCCAAACAAGACAGUUCAAGAUAAAUAUUUAAUAAUGCUGUUAAAAUGUACAUUAUUAUCAUAAUUAUUCUCUUAUCCCAGAAAUACACAGUGCUUUUUAGAAUGUUUUACCCACGUCUGGCUGUAGUGCCAGGUGAUGGCUGACACCCCCCACCCCCUGAGCAAUAAAUAAAUAAAUAAACAAAUUGAAGGAAAGGAGAGCGUCACUGCCAGGUGUCUGUUAUGAGGUGUGGCACUGUAAGAUUCUGAAAUGAGAACAUAGCAGAGACUUCUGCAGUCGCCAGUGAGAUUCAUGUGGAACGUCUUUACUAGAUAGAACUAGUUAUCUAGGUUAUUUCCAUGCGUGUAUCUAACUAGCAUACAGCCAUCAGUAGAUCUUUGAAUCAUUUAUUUACAUUUUUAAUUACUGGGCUAUGCUUUAAGGUCCUUAUACACCGGGGCCGACGCGAAUAUAGAACACGAAAUUACGAAAUAUUCGGAGGCAAAUUUUGACACGACUGGCUAUACACAUCAAGCCCGAUACGAUUUUGCGACUUUUCCGGGGGAAGUCCUGCCUCCUUCGCAUCUGAUUGGCUAGAAAAGCUGAAACGUCAUCACACGCUCAAGCUAAACGGUCAGCACUUAUAGCCAAUCAGAGGCGAAGUAGGGCGGGACCUUCCCUUAACAACCUGCAGCGUUCCCGGUGGAAGCGAGAGGACAAAAAGGGAGUCUACUUCAACUUCAAGUGAUGGCGCAUUGGUGCUCCCUUUGCUUUCUCACAAGAAAAAUAAACGUAGCACAUGGGUGCAUCCAAUAUUACAAGAAAAAAAAUAGAGAACUUGGUGAGUUUCACUGCUUGGUUCAGGAGCUGAAACUGUACCAUGGUCGCCUCAGAACCUGUUUUCGGAUGUUCGUUGGACAAUUUGAAGUUCUGCUAAAACAGUUAGCUCCAAGUUUGAAGAGGCAGAGGACUACACACUAGACCAGACCUGAGCAGUUCAGGUUUCUCAUGUGGCCCCGUGUCAAAAUUAAUUGCCCACACCUGCACUAGACACUAGUGUUGAGAUGGCUUUCUGUCAUGAUAGCAAAUACUGAGUCAGGGCCAGUACCAGAUAAGCUUGGAAACUAUGGUAACAACCGUUAGCUUAUGUUAGCACAGGUGAAAGUUAAAACAAAGUCAUUUAGCAAACUGUAAAAGCACACAAAACAUCGUCAUAUCAAAAAUACUGAAGCUGUCACUCUCCACAAGUUGUCCUUCAGGUCAUUAUCUUUGUAAUGUGUAAAUGAUCAUAAAUCAAUCAAUCAAUCUGACGUUGCGACAACACGAAAUCUGAUUGGUCAGAAGUGGACACACAGUAUGCGAAACUUUGGAAAAAUUGACCAUGAUUCGAAAAAAUAAAUGCAGCAAUAUGUAGAUCAGGAAAACGUCGCUGAUGUGAACGCUUUUAUUGACAGGAUACGAGUUCGAAAAAAAAUAUUGAUGUCCGAAAUAAUCGCACAACAAAAACGGUCCAGCUGUGUAAGGACCUUCAGACAGAAAAGUACCUCAACAUGUCAUAUUGUUCCCUUUAAACUAUUUGAUCAACAUUACUUUAAUGCAACAGGCUAUUGACACAUAUAUUGAGUUCAAGUUGUACAAGUACAAGUCUUUUGUAAGUAAAUAGGGUUGGAGGAUGUUAUCAACAUGAUAUUGAUAUCGUCAGUAAUAGCUUUAGUGAAUGACCAGCAUGGUAUUCCUCACCAUGAUAAAAAAUGUUGUAUACAUAAGACACCUAUAUUGGUAUCAGCCAAAAUAAAUGUGGAAUUGUGGGAUAUUAGCAGAAAUCCAAUGUUGAGUGAUUGAUAUACCUAAAGGGAUUUUCUUUAAAUUUGACACAAACAUCCAAACAAUCUCAAAAAUAAACUGGUUUGAGAAAUCGGUCUUGGCUAGCAGUUAAAAUCAUGCACCCCAUCUAGAGAGACUACAGCCAGAGUUCGGUUAUAACUGGCAGCCCUUUGCUGCUUCUCAUUCUGCAAUCUUUUUUCCCAGUUUCAUUCCCCAACUGCUGUCCUACCUUUUAUAAAAAAAAACAUUCAAAUCCAAAAGUAAACUUUUGAAAAAUCCAAAGUAAUUUUUGUAUUUGUGUAACUGUUGAAGAGGAUGACACCAUAAUAAGCCAUCAAUUCCUGGACAAGCUGUGUGUCGACCUUUUGUUUUUUCUGGUAUCAGUGAAGGGUCUAGGAACAUCACAUGCGCUGCAAAGAGAGAGAAAUCAAUGAUACUCUUUUAGACCUAACCUGAGCUGAGAUUGCACCGUGAUUACCUCUCCACACUUAUGAUAAAGUCAAUGCCUUCUUGAUUUAUCCUAAGUAAUAUACUGUACCAAUAGAGCCAGCUAAAGCAGGGAGGUUUUAUGUAAGCUACAAUUUUGGCUGUUUAGUGAAUACAUACAACAUUUAAUCGCCACUGUGAUUGAUAUUUAUAUUGAAGGCCUGUCUCUGCUCAUUGUAGUGGUUUAAGAUUGUCUGGGAUCUAUAGAGAAACCACUGAAAAGUGUAAGAAAUGUCUGUUGUUUAUUCAUAAGUGCCUCAUUCAGACCUAAGUGUCUUAGUCUUUGUCUUGCUGAAUGAAAGGCUGACCUUGACUCCCUUCUCACAAAAGAGCAGGAAAACACACGCCUCUCAGUCAUCAGUGUUGUUGUCUUCACUAUCUUUGCUGCUACAGCUGAACAAUGUUAAUUCACCUCCAGUGAAUAGUUGCUGUGUGUGUGUGUGUGUGUGUGUGUGUGUGUGUGUGUGUGUGUGUGUGUGUGUGUGUGUGUGUGUGUGUCUGCGCUCAUGUAGGCAGCCAUGAAAAGACAGUAGUGCUAAGCUGCUUAGCUGGAGUGAGGUCUUUGGCUGGUGCUGCACUGGCCUGGUUGUGGUCCAAUGAUCUUUCUGCUGGACAUAGUGCUAGUAAAUGUGUUUUUGUGGUGGUCCAAAGACCGAGUCUGAGCGGAUUAUAAUGUGGCUGUUUGAUAGUCAGAAAGCUUCAGCAGCUACUAACUUUACAUGUACACUGUGUGUUCUUCACAAAUCUUAUUCAUGUUAACUUGGAUCAAUAUGAAGGAGCCAAGAAUAGCUCUCUGCAAACACAGUUGUGUAAUGGGCUGAAGCCUUAUUAUGUGCAUAUAUGAUCUGACAAUGCUAUCUGUUACACAUUAGAGUGAAGUCAGUAUUUGCUCAGAUCUUGCAGGCAAAUAAAGCUGCUGAGAAAGCGCAGGAGAUUGAAAAAUCACAAGGGGAAGGUUUGUCUUUGUCUAAAGAAUCUGUCCAACACUUAGAAAAUGACAUUGAAGUCCCCCUCUGAUAGUUUUUUUUACUACUUGAAGUAGGGCUGAAACGAUUACUCGAGUAACUCGAGUAACUCGAUUAAUAAAAUUCCUCGAGGCAAAUUAUAUGCCUCGAGGAAUCGUUUAAAUCCGGAACCAUGUGCAGCGCACGGUGUUUGACACGGACGGUUAUUUCUGUUGCGCAGAAGCGUGCUCUUUCCGCUCCUUCCGCUGCCGCGCGUUUGGUUCAAUCAUGGAGGGAAACGAGGACAGACAGAAGCUGUGUCCGAAAUGGCAUACUGCCUGCUAUCUACUUACCUACUCAAGCAGUAGCUACUGCCUACUGACUACUCAAAGAUGAUUUGAGUAUGCCGCGGCUGCCCGAGCGUUUACACACAUACAUACUAAAUACCCCAGAAUGCAUUUCGUGCCGGCCGGACGCAGCGCCGGGAAAAUUUAAAUAGUCCUACCACAAGCUACAUAGAACGACUGCAUACCGGACAAAUUAUAUAAAUUCAUUCAAUAAUAAUAUUUUUUCUAGCGAGAAAGUAAGUGUUUACAUCACGAUUAUGAGCCCAGUUGUUUGAAAUAGUGGCUGUUUGUAAAUUUGUCUCGGCGUUUUCGGAGACCGAAGCGUCCACUUGGUCGGUGUUUGCGUCUAUUUACCGUAAACACCGGGCAGCAGCAGCUCCCCCUUCACGUUUCCAAAUUAUUGCGAAGUGUUUUCAUAAUCAACAUCUACACGACACAAACCGGGCGGCAGUGGAUGAAAAAAAUCACACAAACAUCCGUGUAUCCAUGGUGAUAAUGCUAUACACCACCUGCUAGGCGUGUGAUGAGCAGCAGAGGGCUGCAAAAUGACCAACACACAACAACAUGUAAAUAAAAAUGUAACACUUUUAUAUAUUGAAUAAAUGUACAUUUGCUUGUCAAAUUAUUUUAGUAUCCAAGAAUUAUAUUAUUUCAGCCUAUUAAUUAAACAAGUAAAAUUAGAUCCAAAGCCUGGAAAUAGUUGUGACUGGUUUAGUGAAAACUGCAAAGAUCAUUACCAUAGCAAUUAAAAGACCAUCUGCAGACCUUGCCUUCAGUAGUUUCAUGUGAACUACAUGGUAAAAUGUAAAACUUUUGGUUCCUGAUUUAUGCAGUAAAAAUAUUCAUUUGAAAGACCUGGCCUAUUUCAGUGUUGUGUGUUACUGAUGGUUUUUAAUGAGGCAAACGUGAUUCAAUGCAAAGUAUUACAGUGAGAGCAAAACAUUUCUUAUCCGAUUACUCGAUUAAUCGACAGAUUAAUCGAUAGAGUACUCGAUUACUAAAAUAAUCGAUAGCUGCAGCCCUAACUUGAAGUGUUCUCAGUGGUCUUUAAGUUGUGAUUACGAAGUUUUUCCCCAAAAUCACGUUGCCUGUGUCAAUUUUAAGGGCUUUUCUUCUGCAGAACUCCAGUAGUUCAUGAGCAAUUCACCUCUAAAUCGUGGGCGGAGACAGCACUGCAGUCUGGCCUGCAUAGUGGGGGUCUGGGGGUGGAGCUUGAAUUUGUGACAUAGAAAAUCUCACUGUGUCUGAGUCUACCGUUUGGAUUUGCCAGAGAGUCACGGUGAUUUGAAUGCAGAAAUACUCAGAAAUGCAAUUUUGUACUUAAUUUUUCUCAUGUUAUGUCCUGUAGCAUCAGAAAAAUGUCCUAUGAACAUGUAGACAACAAGAAAAACGUGAUUUUCAUCUUAUCUGAGUGGGUCUUCAAUAUGUACAGAGCAUAGACUGUAUAUAGAAUGGACGCCGUCUGCCUCCUCGCUGGGUGAAGCCACUCCAAUAACAGCACACUCUGGUGGCGGGCUGCAGUAUAGAUCAUAAAUCCUGCCCCUGCCAGCCAUCCUUAUGGGACUGUGGACAAACUUAAAAAUUUAUUACACAGAAUAGGCCUGGGCAGUUUGGCCAAAAAAAUGAUCACGAUAUAAUUUGUCAUAUUGUCCGAUCUCGAUUAUUAUCAUGAUUUUUUUUUUAAGUGCCAGUUUUAAAGUAUCUGUACUAAAAACUAAAAAACUAGAGAUUAGUUCAACAUUUUAUUAACAUCCAAACUAAAUAACAAAACAAACUGAAUAAGAUACACUUUGAAAAAUCUGAAAAACAUUUUAACUCAACAGUACAACAAAUGUAGAUAAAUACUAAGUAAUACAGAGAAUUAGUUUACAGUCCUGAGUGCUUUUGCAGGUAUGCAAGACCCAAAAUAAACAAAUCACCCCCUCAGGGAUACUGAAGAUGCUUUAAAAUGUAAACCUUCCAUGAUAUAAAUGUAGAUGAUACGCAUACCUGCCAACAUUUGGGUUAUAAAAUCCGGGAGAUUUUUGCAGCGCACGCUGGGCAGUUUUGGGGUAACCUUGUAUGGUGGAUAUGAGCUAAUUAUGAGAGUAUUUGUAAUUAAAUUGCUCAUCCAAAUAAGUAUAAGUGAAGCUGCACACUUUUGCUUUGUUUUAACAAUAACAAAAGGUGAUUAAAAAAUAGGUACGAUAUGCAUUGAACUUAUUUAGUCUACUAAUAUUAGUGUUAAAGUCCUCAUAUGUUUUACAUCCUCUCCUGUACGGGGCCCCUAGAACAUCUAUGCAUGAAAUACAGCACUCUUUCAUCUGAGGCUGCCCUGAACGCAUCACUCUCGCAUAUCUCGCAUUUGUUUUCUUUUCAUCGAAAUGUUCAUUUUCCAACAAACACUGCUUAAAUAUAGUUUACAGUUUAAACCGACCUGAAUCAUCCCAAAUUUUAAAGUGAAAGUAUCAAUCCAGUGUCUGUGAGGCUCAGCAGAAACACAGGACUAUCUCCAGUUGUCUGGAAACUUUGGACAAAUAUAGUGAUCCGAUUCAUGAAUGAAUGUGGACCAUUAAACUACGGGAGAUUCACGGGACAAAUGACAAUACGGGAGGUGGGCGGGAGAUAGGUCAGAAAUACUGGAGAGUACUGGGAAAAACUGGAGUGUUGGCAGGUAUGGAUAUGAUUGAUCGCUGCUUUGGUCUGGUGGCUGCACCGCUAGUUGUGGCUAAACUGCUAAUGCUACUUGUACCGUCAGCAGUGACAGGCUGUGCAGACUCCGCUCGCAUUUUCAUGCUUCCAGCAUUAUCAUUCGGGAAGAACUUCUUUAAAUGAUUAAACAGAUUUGUUAUGUUGCCGGUUUAUUGGCUCAAUUACUCGACGUCACUUUGGAGAUACCCGAACCACUACCACACAACCGACAUUGAAUAACUUCUCAACAAUAACAUCUUCGGAGGAGGACUCAAAGUCAUGGCUGUCGUCUAUUUUGCUGCCCUCAGUUUUGCGUUUAGCUCCAUGUUCAGUCAUUCUGUUUAUUUCUCCUGUUUAUUUUUCUGGUAACUUACAGAAGUGAGCAGGAACAGCUUGACUCUGAUUGGCUGUUGUGGCGCACAUUUCCGCCAUGUUUGAUCGAGUAAAUAUGCUCUCAGCUGAUCACCGUGAUCGAACUGAAAUUAAUCGCGAUCAUCGAUCACGAUCAUAUAAUCGCCCAGUCCUAACACAGAAUAUACAUUUUUCUUCCCUCUGUUUGCGAUAUUGACAUGUAGUUACUGUAAGACUGGUUUGUGCUCAAGUCCUCUUUUUUCUGUACAGCUCCAUUUUAAAAGUUAUUAGGGGGUUCAUGUUUUCUAUGAUUGACACUUGAUACAGCCUAUGCCGAGCCGAGCGUCAUCACAGUCACUCUCAGCGACUCUCCCGCCAAAUGGAAUACGUACAACGCUAUUGCACAAUGUUGGUUUCAGGAAGUGGAGAAAAAACAUGGUAUUACCAAUAGCUUUUCAGCUUCAAAUCUGUAUACUUGUGGGAGGCGGAACCAGGCUGUCCAUACAGUCUAUGGUACAAAGGCAUAUAUGAUCUGAUAAUGCUAUCUGUUACACAUUCGAGUGAAGUCAAUAUUUGCUCAGAUCUUGCAGGCAUAGAGCUGCUGGGAAAGUGCAGAAGAUUGAAAUGUUACAAGGGAAAAGUUUGUCUUUGUCCACCCAAUCUGCCUAACACUUAGAAAAAAGACACUUUGGACAUUAAAAGCUGCAGAUGCUCCUUACACAACCUUUGCAAGUGUGCUAAAGUGAUACUUGUGGUGUUAGUACUGCUGGCCAGCCCAUUUCCUGUUGAUCUUCUAAGCUGAAUGUUGAAUAUUUCCUUUUUGUUAUCAGCCUGUAACUUCAUAAGUAUCCUUUUUAGAUGUUGACUCUGACAUCAGUAUAAAGUAGAACUUUUUAAAUCUGUUGAUAGCUGUACACUGACCAGCAAUAACAUUAAGAACAUCUUGGCAAACUAAUGAGAAUGAUCUAGCAUGAUAUUUGAGUAAAACUAAAAGAGCUUCCUCAUAUUCCACUUAAUUAACAAACAUAAUGGAGAAAAUAUUUGAAAAACCUUUGAAUAUAUUGCACUCCAGCACACCACCAACUCCCAUGACAACUUGAUCAACUCAUUUAAAGGGUGAGUAUCUCUAGUCUGACCAUACCAAGAGAAAUGAAAAUUUUAGAAGCUUCAAAAAAGUUGAAUUCAUGGUAGAACUGUUGUGUUUUAUUGAAUUUUAUCAGACAGGUGUUUACGAGUUUAUGGUUGGUAUGUAUCUAGAAAUAUGUUAUAUAAUAAUACUACCAGUUUGAGUUGUUUCCAUAAAAUGACAGAGCUCUGGAAGGGUCUAAAAUGUAAAGUUUAGAAAAAGGUUUUAAAAAAAACUAACAAAAGAUGUCAGUCACACAUUUGCUGGCCUGAGUUGCACUUUUUAAUCAGCUUGAUACUAAUACUGACAGAUACAGACUUAAAAAGUUAAUCAUCCUGUCUCCAGAUAUGAACAUUUCUGCCUAUAUAACAAUUGGCCAAGUAAAUGUUGCAUUGAUGAUGUGCAACUUCAACAUGUUGACAGUGUGGAAGUGUUCAAAGGUGUUGGAAACAUUUAGCAGACAUUCUACUGAAUGUGUUUAGCUAAACAGGAGGACAUUUAUCAUCUGUGGUAGUAUCAAAUGUUGUUUGUGUUGUUUGACUGGUUCUAAAACAAAUAGACUGUCAUAAUCAGAGUAACAGGUAAAUUCUGUUCCAGGAGAAACUUUGUGCACAUACAGGUAUUUAUAUGAUAUCUAUGUUCUUCACAAUGAGUUUAACAAUGUUUGCAGAAAUCCAGUACCAUGCUACACAAUAAUAAAACCGUUUGUGUUUAAGAUUUGGGGAACUUUGGUUGUGCUCAGGUGAAAGCUGAGCUGCCACCAUAGAAGUAACUCUAGUUAAAGUUCUUUAUUUCUUCAGUGUUCAUGUUUUACAGAGUUUUACAAUAAGCCAAAUUAUUGUCUGGAAAACUUCCACAGCUGGAAAAAGGACAUCAAAAAGUUCAGUGUAAAAAAACAGUGUUUCCCUGUUGCUCUUUGUCAUGACCUCAGGGGCUGUGAGCUGAGCUGCCACUUCUGAAGAUCCGCUCACGACUUCACAUUACUGAGACAACUAGAACCCUCCACUCCAGAUAACUCAUUUAAAACUCCUGACAUUUAAAAAAGAGAUGGUGAGACAACUGUCACAUCAAGAAAGUAGUCUUUUGGAGAUGCUUUAAUGGUCAAAGGAAAAGACUGGCUGUUGUUGUGUUUACUCUCACUUAAGUCCAUACUGCAGAAAAGAGCUUGACUUUAUCAUUGUUAUUCAUUGUUACAUAAAUCCUCGAACAGUCCUUUCAAGGUUGUUUCUUCCCCAAACCUAAAGGAGAGUAAAAUCAUUCAGUCGGCAAACACAUUUAUGUGGCUCCCCUGUUCUUUUCCUUCUUUAUUUUUAACCUUCGUGCUGCCUGAAAUCCAUUUGGCACAUGUACCCUCCUUGUUGGUUUUAACAAACAACGUUGGCAGGCAGUAUCUGAACUAGUGCUGGGCGAUAUGGAAAAAAAUGUAUAUCACGAUAUGGAUCAUUUUAUAUCACGAUAACGAUAUAUAUCACGAUAUAGCUACGGUAUGCUUUCAGUUCUAUGAAAAAUUUAAGUGUAUACAGCUGCACUAGUACAGUACCAGUACAAGACCAGCACUUAAAACUAGAAAAAUGAAUAAAUAAAUAUGUGGCUGAAGUGCGUUCAUGUCUGUGCUCACCCAAAGUUAUGUAACACUUACAGAAAACGCCGAUAGUGUGAGCCGAAGCACUCCAUAAUAAUAAUAAUAAAAAUAAUAAUAAUAAUAAAUUUAAUUUGUAAUGCGCUUUACAUUUACAAAAAAUCUCAAAGUGCUACAGUACACAGUAAAAAUUGAGCAGCAACAAUAAAAAAGCAAUAGAAUGACAGUCACAGAUUAGCAUAAAAAAUAAUAAAAAAAUAAUAAUAAUAUAGAGUUGCAAUGUAAGAGGCAAGGUACUGGUAGUAAAAGCAUAAAGCAUAGAGGAAAACUAACCAAAGGCUUUAUUAAAAAGGUAGGUCUUUAGGGCUCUUUUGAAGAGGUUGUUCACACUGCUAGAUGUUUCACCUCCAAAGCUGCUCUCUGCCUCCAUCAUUGUUUACUUUACUCUUGAAGCACGUAGCAAGACCCGAGCAUGAAUCCGAGCGCUUUAUUCGUCUAUCAGGGGCAGACAGGUAAGGUGAUUUGAUUCGCCACGACUCCAGAAAUGAUUGAAAAACUACAGAAUGUCACAAAAUUACGUUUCCUCGCUGCUGGCUCGAAGGGUACAAAUGCGCAGCCGCGCUCCCUGCUGACAGGAAGUCAAACCGCUGUUGUAGUUCUUUUGUGUUGCUAGCGCUGUCAAGAGUGUUUGCUCUCACUGAGAGAUGACUACAAAAAUGGACGCACCUGUUCAUCUGGUUGUUAAACACGGCUGAAAAUGAUCAUCUUUUAAUGUUGUUCCCGCUCCUGCCCACUCCCGUUGCUUUUUUCCCCGUCCCGUCCCGAUCAAGGGAUUAAUAAAAAAAUGACUCCUAUCCCGUGGGAUUCCCGCGGGAAUCACGUGACCCAUGGGAAUUCCCGAAAAACGUCAUCCUCUACAGGGAAGGUCCCGGAGCAGUUGAAACAGGUGCCGGAGCGGCUAAAAUAGGUCCCGGAUCCGAUCAAAAGAGGUCCUGGAUCGCGCUCCGACUUGCUCCGGCACAAAUUAAGCACUGCUUACAAUGAUCCCCUCACGUGUGUAACCCAGGUAACCCGCAACGGCGGGAGACGCUGGACAUAAAGAGGGCACGUAAAGCGGCGUCAUGUCGCAAAAUCGAAAGAGAAAUGCAAGCCUACAUGUCAACGCAUCCUUUUCUUUGUAAGGAAAUAUUGUUUUCUUUCCCGUUCGACACCAAAUACACUUACUGAAUGUGCAAUUAUUGUUGUUAUUACUAUGACUCAUCUGAUGGCACAAGCUCUAUGGAUUAAAUACAGCCUAUCGCCCGAAACGAUAAAAAUAAAAAUGGCACGAUAGACAUUUUCUAUCGUGCCAACGAUAUCUAUCGUCCUAUCGCCCAGCACUAAUCUGAACCAUCAUGCGGCUUUGAGACUGUUGAAGAGGAACUUCUUUUGACCUUCGGGAUUUCAGUUUCAGACGUCUGAAUAGGCUGUAGAAGCGUUGAGUUAAAGGAAACCAAACCACAUGUGCGACUCAAAAGAGGCUCUGCAGGUCUCACCACACAUCAGGACCUGGUUUUGCGUGUGUUCAGUAGUGACCUGUUGCAUCCUUUGCUCAUCUAUCCGCUGAGAGAGGCCUGCCAGGUGAAUGCUCCCUGGUGAGCUCUUAAAUCUAUAAAGGUAAAUGGUGACUAAUCUCCACACCUCAGGCUCUGACAUGUAUUACUGUCUGCUGAGAAAGGAAAUGUAGGCCACAAGAGGAAGGCCAUCACACAAGCAAACACCUGUGCACACUUCUCUUACUUUAGCCUUGUCUGAAAUCUCCUGCACGUACACUGGCAAAUCUCAGCCUCUUUCACCUUCAGUUGUUUAUCAAGCGCUGGCCCACAUUUAUCAGAGGUAAUUUUAAAUCUGGUCUGUCUGCCUGCUGCUGGUUAAUUUCCUCUACAUGCUAAAACUGUUACAGUGGGGCCUGUUUUUGUGUUAAUUCAGGAAGUAUCAGUCUCCUCACCUUCAGAGAGGCACUUCUGAGGAGCUUAGUGUUAAUUAUAGUGCAGUCUUACAGGACUUGGACUCCGUGUCAGGGAUCAGUUGCAAUUUCUAGAUUCUUUGCAGGAAAAAGGAGCAGAUUGCUUGCUGAGCUUAUCAUUGGGUGAUUGAUCAAGUUUCAGUUUUAAUUACUAUUACCACUCCCCACAAUCAGAAAAAUACAACAAUCAUGACUAAACAAUUACUGUGCUUUCUGCUCGCAUUACCCUGUAAGGUGAAUGAAGCACACCCUCCCUCCUCUGCCUUCACAGCAAAGCCUGCACUCUGCCUUCCUCUCAAACAGCUCUCACUUUAAAUCCAUCAUUAUAAGCUCAGACCCAUGAGCAAACCUUUACUAUAAUGUUUGGCAGUACAGGAAAGUAGUCGAUGAUGCAGAAGUUGACAAUAGACAGCCAUAACUUACUAUUAAUACAAUCUAUGAGGCAGCCACAGAAAAAGAGAGGAGAGCAGGGAGAGGAGCAGGAGGAAGAGAGAGGAGAGCAGGGCGAGGAGAGGAGAGGGGAGAGGAGAGGAGCAGGAGGAAGAGAGAGGAGAGCAGGGAAAGGAGCAGGAGGAGAAGGGAGAAGGGCAGGGAGGGGAGCAGGAGGAGAGAAGAGAGCAGGGAGAGGAGCAGAAGGAAGAGAGAGGAGAGCAGGGAGAGGAGAGGGGAGAGGAGCAGGAGGAAGAGAGAGGAGAGCAGGGAGAGGAGCAGGAGGGGGGAGGAGAGUGGGGAGAGGAGCAGGAAAAAGAGAGAGGAGAGCACGGAGAGGAGCAGGACAAGGAGAGAGGAGCAGGAGGAAGAGAGAGGAGAGCAGGAGGAAGAAGAGAGGAGAGCUGGGAGAGGAGCAGGAGGAGAGCAGGAGGAAGAGAGAGGAAAGCAGAGAUAGGAGCAGGGAGAGGAGCAGGAGGAAGAGAGAGGAGAGCAGGGAGAGGAGCAGGAGGGGGGAGGAGAGUGGGGAGAGGAGCAGGAAAAAGAGAGAGGAGAGCACGGAGAGGAGCAGGACAAGGAGAGAGGAGCAGGAGGAAGAGAGAGGAGAGCAGGAGGAAGAAGAGAGGAGAGCUGGGAGAGGAGCAGGAGGAGAGCAGGAGGAAGAGAGAGGAAAGCAGAGAUAGGAGCAGGGAGAGGAGCAGGAGGAAGAGAGAGGAGAGCAGGGAGAGGAGCAGGAGGAAGAGAGAGAAGAGCAGGGAGAGGAGCAGAAGGAGAGGAAAAAAAAGAGCGGGGAGAGAAGAGUGGGGAGAGAAGCAGGAUGAGAAAGGAGAGCAGGGAGAGGAGCAGGAGGAGAGCAGAGCAGGGAGAGGAGCAGGAGGAGAGCAGAGAGAGAAGCAGGAGUUGAAGGAGAGAGGUGUGCGUGUGUGAGUGCGUGCAUGCGUGUGUGUCAGAGAAGCUCAGGGACGGGGUCAGCACGGCGAAAGAGGCUUGUGUGAUCAGGAGUGUAACUGACUAUAAAGAAGCUAACAGCUUCCAGGCUCAAUAAAGAGUGAGGUCAGUCUGUAUCCUAGUCAAACAUAAGCCUCAGUUUUGGCAUAAUGGAGGUGACGGCUUGAAAAGGCUGAAUGUCUGAUUUGCAGCCUGUGAUCAAAUGGAAGUAAAGGAAGAACUCACGUCCUUUAGUUUUUAAUAACCGUGUAAAAACCUUCUGCUCCAAGUGAAAGUUUGGUCUUUAAUCAAAUGAAGUUGUAGAGUUUAAAAGAUUCUGAGACUAAAUGAAUCAACCUCCAGGUAGUGUGGUUUUUGACACUGGGAGUGUUAUCAAAUAAACUCAGUUUGCUUCGUCUCUCCUCUUUGUGUUACUGUCAUCUUGGUUGCUUAGUAACUGUAAUUUGAAUGCCCAUCUAGUUUCGUUUGUAUUUUGAGGAAGGAGAGGGGAAAAUUAGCUUUUGUGCUGUUUUUGUUUUGUUUUGAUUGAUGUUUUUUUGUUUUGUUACUCUAAGUGUGUCCAGAGGAAUUUGAAUUAUGUUCAAGAGCUUCUCCAACACUCACUGUUGCCUAUCUAGUAUGGGGGCUUUUUCUUCUGUGUGAUGAUGUGAUGUUUGUUUCGUACAGUGAAAAUCCAAAGGUAAUCACUGGGAUCAAAACAAACCACAGAGAUGGUUUUAUUGCUCAACUUACUUCUGCUUUCUUUGAUAAAGAAGAUGAAGUUGUUUCACUUUUAGGAUCAAAGUCCAGACUCUGUUAUCUGGCUGAAAUAUGGAUUCAGAGAUCUUGGGUGUGUUUUUCACUCAAUAUAAAUUAUUAGACAAAGUGGAGCUUGUUUUUACCUCUGGCAGGAGCAAGUUUACUUAAAAAAACAGAAUCAGAGCUGAAGUUCUGCCUCAUCGCUGUGUGCCCUCUAAAAUUUCCAAAAUAUGCUUUAGUAUGUACAUGGAGACAAGGUUAAUCUAUUUUCCCUGCUAUCUCAGCACUCCGCCGGCUAAUCCAGCGCUCACUAAGCAGCUUUCAGAGAGAGAUCGCAGCAGGUCAAUCUGCCCGUUUAAGCGUGCUUUCAUACUCAUUUACUUUUAGCUGCUGCGGUAAGUUCAAUGGGUCAGUGCUGUGUUUCAUAUCACCUGAUAAAGUCACUGCUUUCUUUCAUGUCAACUAUUUUGUUGACUCUCUUUAUGAGGAUGGUUUGGACUCCUGCUUUUGAGGAAUGAGGUUUGAGAAAACAUGAUGUAAUAAACAGAGCUUGUUUGUGAGCCACAAUCACAAAGCGUAAAUCACUGAAGUUAUAAAGUGAUCGGGCUAUAACUAAGAAUGGAAAGCCGAUACAGUGAACAACGCAAAUAUGGGACAAGGAACUGGACCCAUUUAACUUCACCAGCAACAAGAGUUCCCAAAGAGCAUUUUUAUCUUGUUCCACUGAUAAGUGAAUUUUAUAGUAUCCUACAGUCUGUAUGAGUCUGCCGUUUGUCAGUUGACAUCUUAGAAAACAGUCUCAAGGAAAAUCAAGAAUAAUUCAUGCUAGGGGCGUGCAAUCUGAUGAUCUUAGAUCAUGAAGGAUUAUAAAGUGACGACGAUCUCACAAAGCACAGAGAUCGUAGAACUAUUUCUAGUGCACACUGUAUCCCUAAUAUGUGUCCAAAUAAAUUUCUCGCCUUCUCAAAUCACAAUUUUAGAAGUUAGGAGAGCAGAUGUUAGUUUAACCACAGAAUGAAUUGUUACGCAUCGAUAAAAGUAACUGUAGCAGUGGAAAAAUCUGCCGAAAAAAAGGACAAGAUACAGAAUUUGCUUCCUCCUUCCCUCUGCUCUGCUCCAUGUGGAUUUUCUCAGGCUGACUCACAUACAUGCCCCUCCCCCUCGGCCCUCAGUAAACAUCCAGUCACUGUUUAGUAUGCAAAUGAGCCAGGAAGUAGCCAGAAUAUGGUUUCAGCAUGGAGCGGUAGGAUCAAAAAGAAGCAGCAGAGUUUUGCUAAAUAUGUCUUACUGACUUAUGAGAAAAUUUGUAAUAGACUGAUAGUAUAAUCCUGAUAGUGAUUUUGCCAAAAAAAAAAAAAAAAUGUGAUCUGAAAUUUUCUCUGUAUCGCCCUCCCCUAAUUCAUCCAAGCAGCAGCUAUUGUUGGCUUUGGAAGGUGAUAAUGGGCAAACACAGUCAGCAAGACUGCUUAUAUCAGGCUCAUUUUAAAGGUACAGUCUACAGAAACUGGAAUUUAGAAAAUGAUAUCUGGCAGUUUGGGUCGAGACGGAAAUGCACCGAUGCUGCUCACCCCUCCUGCAUGUGAUGUUAAAGUGGACUUGAAGGACAAGACGCUCCUGUGAUGCAUUAUAACUGGUCACAAUUUUGUUGCAAAAUUUUUUUUUUAUUUUUAUUUUUUUUUUACACUCAACAUCAACCAGUUCCUUUGUUUCCAAACACAAAAAUGCAUAUGUUACUAGUUUGUCCAUUCUGUGCUCCUGUAGAAACAUGGUGUUGCAAGAUGGGGGCCUUAGUCGAAGGGAACCCCCUUCUAUGUAGGUAUCGAGAAACAUAAAAGUGGUCUCAUUUUAAGUAAAAAAUAAUUUACAUCUACAAAAUCAUGUUCCUCUGAGACAAUGAGAGCUGUUUCUUUAAUUUCAAAUAAAUUAACUAUACAGGGUCAAAACAAGGUUUUCUGGAAAAAGGAGCACAAAGUGAUGGAAAUGAGCAGAAACUGGGACUCAUUCAAAAUGAUCGUGUGUAUAAAAACAUGAAAAAAAAUCAGGUUUAAAAUGAACAUAAUCUGAAGUUGCUCCAUUAAAGAAAGGGUUUGGUUAAUGAUGCUGAUAUCUGUGACAGUUCGGCUGCAUUCCUCUUGAUUUACUGCUUCAUGUUUUUGUUGAUACAGGCGUCUCCUCUGCCACCUUGUUGCAUUCAAAAUCCCUGCGGGGCCACAGAGACUGCUUUGAGAAAUGCCACCUCAUCGCCAACCAGAAGCUGUCUCGUUCCAAGGUCUCCAGAAGUGCCUAUGAGGGCAUGAAGCUGGCCCUCAGCCAGAAACUGAACCGCAUCAUUCAGUACGCCCAGAACAAAGACUCUGUCUCCUCUAAUGGCCCCGGCAGACGGGGGGCCAAGCUACUUUGUCUCAGCCAGCAGAGUGACUGCAAGCUGUUGCCGCAGUCAGAUGCCCAGGUGCCUAGGUAUGCACCUCGGUGGGACACGUGCAAAGCGACGGGACUGCCAGAUUACACCAUGGGGAUGUUAGAGUGCCACACAGCGGAGGAGCUAGGGCUGCUGCAGGAGUCACAGUCUGACAUUUGGUCGAGUGGCGGCAGGAAAGGUCUGCACAGCCGGAAACCUUCAUCAGGAGGAGGACAGACACAGCACAGACACCAGGGACACAGCAGAGACGAAUGUGAGCAUGAUGACAUUUUAAUCUUUGUUUUUUUACAGCACAACCCAAGUUUGAUCUGCGAUUCAUCAAGGCAGCAGUUCAAGUUUUAUAAUCUGUUCUCUGUGCAAGAAGCCCCAUCCAGACAGCAUGAUAACAACUCUCCCUUCUCUCCUCUGUCUAAACUUGUUUGUGAUCUCUGAGCUCUCUCUGAGAAUUCAAAAACCUCCGAGCAUUUCUCUGUUAGAAGGCAGCAGACUAAACAGCAACUCAAAAACACAUUUUCACCCAGUCUGUCCUUCAUCCUUCUCUCUGUUGAUCUCUCUUCUCUCGUUUUUUAAAAUGACUGGGAUACAGAAUGUGUUUGGCUUCCUCGUGUUUUUCUCAUUCCUAAAGCCGAUUAGGAGCACAGACAUUUUUAAAGGCACCUGCUCCAAAUUCUGUGCUACUGAAGGAAAAAUGACAGUCAGUUCACACGUACAUGUCCUGCAUCUAUUCCUGCAUAGAUUUACUGAGGCUUGUCAACAACCACUGACAUUCAGUGUUCUGAUUACUCAGAGCCUGCAUACUUACAUAUAAUUCAAUACAAUGAUCAUUUUCUACAUAAAUGGAGGACAGUCCGCAACAAAACAUCUCAGAAGCACGUAGUGGAAAUAUUUUGAGUUUGUCAGCAGACGGUUAGUGUAAUGCGAAUAUAUCAAUAUAUCAUGCAAAACAACCUACUGUCAAUUUAGCCAUUCGUGAACAGAACAUUUCUGUAGCUCAGGAACAUCAGUGAUUUUCCUUUGUAGCCUCCUUUGUUCUUGAUUCAAGAUUUAUAUCCAGAUUUUUACAGUUAAUCAGCCAAAGAAGUGUAACCUCAGAUUCUCACCUCCUUUAAAUGAAAGCGUAUGUGACAUAAAAGAGUCAUUAUGAUCAUUAUGAUUGGCUGGUGGAUUUGUUCAUCUGCUUGCCACCUUGGCCGGAAGAUCAUGAAGUUCAAAGAAUCGGUUCAAAGAGCCCCCCCCCCCCCCAAACAGACCGUAGAAAAAAACUACAUGACAGCAUAACGGGUCCUCAAUGCAUGCAGUGCAUGACUGUCACAUGCAUGCUGUGUGCAACCAGUCACAUGAGGACACACCAAGCAGAGGGGGUCGGGGGGUGCCAUGUGCUUUAAUGCUCAGUAGACAGAUGCACUCAGGAUGGCUAGAGCAAUUUACUGAUAUUAGGAAAUGUAAUUUUUAUUUGUGAGUACUUUUGUACAAAGGAUGUAUUGAAUUAUGUAAGAGAUAUGUGUACACAUAUGUUCAUAUCAUAAGCCCAACAAUGCUAAAUUUGGCUUAAUUAGCAAAGUGGUGAAAUGAAGAGCCGUUUGGGAGCUGAAUGAUCUAGCUCACUAAAAAGAGACGUAAUUCACUCAAGACAUUAAUUCAUUCAAGACACUAGUUAAUUUCAUCCUUGUUUAUUUUUUAAUGUAAAGAAUAGAUUAGAAAAAUGUAAUAUAUUAGAAAUUCAUGAAGCAACAUUGAAAGAACUCAGGCCUGCUUUAAAAUGAAAGUAUUAAAGAGGAAAGAAAUCACAGUUUUAAAUGGUUCACUUUGUUUCUGUUGCAGCUUUAAUGUAACUGCUACCAAAUAGUGACACUUUGAGUCCAGAUCUGUGUCCUUUCAAGUUUUCAAUGUUUGUCUGAAUCUUUCUAAAAGCAGAAAUCUUACUGUAUUCAAAGAGAAGUUUACCUUUGUGUGUGUGUGUCAUGCAAAGCUCGAGUAGCUGACGCUUCAUUAAAUCGAUCUGUUAUAUUAAUGCUUAAAAAAAAAAACAUCAACCAAACCUGUGUGCUGUUGUAAAAGUGUGUCUGCUAAAGAACAGAUGUUUGUGGAGUGUUUCCAGUGGAGGUGGAGACAGAGAUGGAGAGACAGAGACAGAUGUUGUGUAAAAGACUUAUCAGAGCUGUUUUUUUUCUUUUAGUGACAAAGAUGAGCGUGGAUGAACUCCAUCAGCUGAACACACAGCUCCUCAUGCAGAUACAAAGUAAGUCCUCUUUACUUCUCCUGGAUCUCACUGCAAACACAGGCUACACCCUUUUAUUUGAAGUUAGCAUGUAAGGAGUCCAACGAGAAUGUGUUUGUCUUCAUCAAUCUGUAAUGCUCAUAGAUUUCUGUUAAAAAUUCACAGAGCUAUCACAGUGUUCAGAGUGCAGAUGACAAAAUCAGGACAGGAGACUCAGUAAAGCAAGGCUGAUAAACGCUCAAGGUCUCUCCAGUCUACACAUCGUUCCCCUCAUGUGACGACGAGCUGAGAUGAAUCAGGCACAGUGUAGUGUUCACUGAGGCAUACCCUGCCUGUCUGUUCACCUAAUUCUUCCACACUUACACUCAUUGUUUACUGCACACACUGACAGCUCAGCAACAUGCAGCUAGUCUCAGGCAAGUUUGAUAUUUCAGACAAGUCAAAUACCCAGAAGACCAUCAGGCGGUGGCUCCCUAACAUCAUUUAACGGCCCCCAUAGUUUUCUAUUGUAGUGAGAGAUUCAAAUGAUCAAACUGUCACCUCAGCUCAUGUGUCGGACUGAAGACGUUCUUUUUAAAUGAAGUCUUGUAGCUUAGCCGAGAACCCUCAGGAUCAGUGUUAAGUGCGUUUAAACACUUUUGCGUUCCAGCUUUGUCAGGAAGCGCAUCAUCGCCUGCUGGAGGCGUGUUUGCAGCAGCAUGGUGCAGCCCUGGUCAGCUGAGCUCAGUAUAGAACAGGUUAUACAACAGGUUGUUAUGCCUUUCUGCUGUCGAUUUAUUUGGAUUCUAUUCUGCAACUACUGUAUGUGAAACAGCAACGUGAUUUUGCAGUUUCGUUUUUUGCAGGUUCACUCGUAUGUAAUAAAGUAAACUAUGUUCCUUCAUGCUAUGCUGUUACCUUCAGACAGAGUUAGCAGUCAAAAAGUCCUGUUGGGGUCCACAUGGAUCAGGGAUGGACAAUCAGAUUGUUCAUUUUUUCUUAGAAGUUAAUUUCUAAAAGGCUUUUUGAACCAAGGUCAUAAUAGUUUUGGAUUUUUUGUUAUAGUUUAGUUUUAUUUAGUUUGGACUUUUUUUUCUCUUAUUCAGUUAGUUUAGAUUAGUUUUUAGAAUGGGUUUGUUUGUUUGUUUGUAUUAGUUUUUAUUUUUUUUCUCAAUGAUUAGUUUUAGCUUAGUUUUUAUUAGUUUUAGUUUUUCAUACUUGGCAAUAAGGUUUUUUACUCAUGCACCACCAGGUGAUUUGAAUUUUGGUUGAGUGGAAAGCUAAACUUUUCAAAGGCAAUCAACUCACACAGUCUUGUAGACAUAUUUGUCUCAGUCAACAUAUUUACAAGUGCAUCUUCCCACCUGUGGCAGAAAUGCAGAUGAAGACUUAAAAGAUGAUGACAUCGUCGACAAAAUGGCAUGAAAACGUCGGUGGUGUGGAGGUAUUUUGGUUUUGUUGAGGUCAGGCAUGAAGCGGAUAAUGUGCACUGCAAAUUAUGUCAAGUACAUUUUCUCCCCAAGUCAGGGAAUACCUCAAAUCUUUUUCACCACCUGAAGCAGUGCCACACGGCAGAGCAUGCACAAUACAAAAUGUUACAAACCCCGAGCGGGGUAAGGAGACCAUGGUGCCUGUGCAGCAGCCGAAACAGCCGACCAUUCAGCCGGAUUUCUCUAGCACAAUGCCGUACGACAAAACGUCGAACAAAGACCUUACAGAUGCAGUAGCUUAUUGUAUUGCAAAAGACAUGCUACCUUUAAGAACUGUUAUAUUUCUUUUUUUUUUUAUAUUGUGAUAUUUAUCGAUAUCAACUGGUUUGAAAAAAUAUAUUGUGAUGAACUUUUUCCCAUAUCACAAAAAGAUUUGAACCAGAGCUGAACGUUUCAACAGAUACACUUAGUUUAAGUGCUGCUAUCCCACCUCUGGUCCUGGUAGUGCAGCUUAUGUUAACUUGACUCAUGCCUGUCAUUCAAAGAGUCGGGCAAAAACAGGCCUAUUCCCCUCAUCAAAGUGGUCCAAUCAUCUCUCUUUGUUUCAGGCGGGUUGUUCUUUCUCAGUCUUCGUGUUGGUGUCUGCACUUCAAAGUGGCUUUUGAAAGUUUUGGGUCUACUGUGGUAUAUCAUAUUAGACAAGAAUGCUCCUCAGCUGCAAAAAAAGAGAUCCCUGACUGAAAUUAGAUUUGUAAUCUUUCACGGAUGCACGCUCUGCCAUGUUGUCUUUGCUCUUUGCUCCUUUGUUUAUCCAGAUUAUUGAUUUUCUUGAUCUUGUCUCCUCUGUUUGUUUGCCUGAGUAAAAGUUGACCUUGUGUCUGAUUUAAAAACACCUCUCUCGUGUCUUCUUCCUCUCUUUGCCUGCACAGAGGUCUUUGAAGAGCUAACGUUGGCCGUGCAGGAGAAAGACUCUUUGGCCUCAGAGCUGCAUGUGCGUCACAUCGCCAUCGAGCAGCUCUUCAAGAACUGUGCCAAGCUGCCGUGGCUGCAGAUCAGCCGAGCCGGGGUCAAGGCCAGCAGCAAUGGUAAUGGCGCCCCUGUGGAGUGAUGAGCGAGGUGCUGAAGAAGAAAACUGGUUAACACUUUCACAAACUGUCUGAAAGAGCUUUUAUGUAUCCUGAGCGACUUUUCAAACACGCUUGGAACAGCAUGAAAGACUGUGUGUGCACAGCCUCUGCUCUCCUGGAUACUGUGAUGACCCAAGGAUUGGCUGUGGUUUGCAGUUUUGACAAAUUGCUGAAUUCUACCAACACCUGCACCCAGAAUUCAUGCUAAUACCUGGUAGAAAGUGGUCCGGAGACAUGAGGAGGAAAAGUUCUUGCCCUCAGACAUGACCCUCUGAAAAUGUUCCUGAAGAUUUGCCUGCAAGAUUUCAUCCAUGAUUUCUGUUUGGUCUUUAAACACUCACAUUUCAGCUUUUAUAUUUUUAAUUUUGAUUUUUAAGUGUGUCAUCAUGUCAAACAGAGGUAUUUAAAAUGCAUUUUAGCUGUGCUUAAUACUCCACAUUUAUCCGAGAAUGAGUAACAGUAUUUAAAACAUGACUUGGAUUAGUACUUGAUGCAGAUAGCAGGAGCAGUGGUAGUAUGAGGAUUUCAUGUGCAUCUGCUACUAAAAAAUAGGUGUGCAUGGACUAUAACAAGUAUAAAGAUGCUCACAUGAUCCUUGUUUGGAAAGACUGGUGGCGUAAAUCUAUGCGUAAGCUGUUAAUCAUGCUCCCACUGUAAGGCACUGCCGCAUGUCAGAGCAUUAACACGGUUUAAAUUAGCUGAAAUUGAACUUUUAUUCUUGCCUUAAUUAGACCUGACAGUGUAAAAACUUUCCUCCAUUUUGGAGUCUUACAUGUUGAUGUGGACUGGAUCUGGAUCUAGAUCUGCAGGGAAAAUUGCAGCGUGGUUUUAUUAAGGCUAAGUUUCCUUUAAAGAACUGAAAUGAUGUAGUGUUACAGAAUCGUGGCACACAUAAAAUUAUUUAGGGCUGGGGGACUCAACACUUGAGACCCAAACUUUCAAAAGCAUUUUAGAUUUCAAUUGUACCCAAGUCCCCCAGAAAGACGUCCUCUGUGACAUGUGAUGCAAAAUGACUCCUUUUCCUGCUCAUUUGCCAGGGUUUCGUUUGAGGAACUUAACUUUUGCAAAAUGAUGCACAGGCACUGUGCAGGCAGGUUGGCCAAUCCACAUUAAUUCAAUGCAAAUAAGUUUAGACCAAAAUUUUCCAGGACUGAUUUUUGAUCUCCACCUGAUUAUAAAGGAAGGUUUUUAGUAAGGGAACAUGUAUAGUGAGCUUAACAAAAUACAGAGGUACCUCAACAGGGUCAGACAAGACCCCACCCUGAGGGACACUUUGCCACAUAGUUAACAGGAAGAUAUGAAAUCAUAAACUUUCUCCAUCAAUCUGUAGUUGAUGAUCUAUGAUGAUGGAGAGCUGGUUGUCUGUGGUGUUGCUGUUGUUAUUCAGCAUUUAUAACUGUUGUUCAAGUGUUUUGAUCAAUCAGAAUCAUGUAUUCAACACAACCAGGUGUUAAACAGAGAUGACACAAAAGCUUAAAAGAAAAAGUUGCCGAUCAUAGCUUUAAAAAGAUUCAGUGCAGUUUCUAAUAGCUGUAGGGGUAGGCUAAAAAAAGCCCCCACAAAAUGUUAAGCAUCAUUGCAACAGGAACAAAUCAUAGUGUGGUAUUUAACAAGGGUUUAUUAGCUGCACAGGCUUUCUUUGUAGGGGCAAUGACUAUUUUACAGUGUUCAUAAAGUCAGAAAUAAACGCCUGUUUAUUAAGUAGCAAUACCAGCUGACAUGGCCUCCUCAAAAGAACAUACCUGCUAAACUGAUUUGUUUUGUUUGUGAUCCAGCUUUGGUUUUAUAGUAGCUUUCGUUUCAGUGACAUUUCCUUGAUAUUAAGUGUGAACUGUUUGUUUUUUGUUGUGAAGUAGCUUUCCAGCACAAGUUGUUUGCAUGGCUAUAACCUAAAUGAAUAAGAGGAAGAAAGGUGAAUUGACUGAAAGAGAAACCCAGCUGAAAAACAAAAGUCUUGAAUUGGUCUGUUUUAAUAGAAAGACAGUCAUCACUUGACUUAGGUUUUAUUAAGAACUGCAUAUAAAGAUGGAUGAUGUGUCUCCACUUCCUGUUGUACAAAAGUGAAGCUGAAGGGCUUUGACAUGUCAACAGCAGAAAUGGAUAUUGAGCCCCGAACCUCUGAAUUCAGAUAUGGCCUACUCUACCAAUGAGCCACAGCUGCCUCCUAAAGCUCCUCUGAGGGUUUUUUUUUGUUUGUUUUUUUUUACAGACCAUCUGCAACAAGACUGUCAAUUUUUAUUUUGUAAUUUUUAUUACUUAAAAACUAAGUAAAGGGAGUAGGUGACAGCCGAGAAGCCCUGUUUAUAUUGUACAUUGUAAAAUAUUCACAAUAACUGCUACAUUUGACAGUGAAAGGUCAGCAGGAUAAGAUUUCUGGUAAAUGUGUGGCUGUUAAGAUUAGUGAAAAUUGCUUUGUCCAAAAAAAAUCUCUCAUCCUGCUGAUAAUUAAACUGAUAAUUUAUUAUAACUUUUUAUAUGGAAUUCAGUUGGAAAGACAGGAUUGUUUCUUCAGCUGCUCAGCUAACACCUACCCCAGUGUUAAAAGGUGUCAAAAAUUAUGAUAGAAAAAUCAUGUGUCUUGUCAUCGGUGCUCUUGAUUGCUUUAGGUAACUUAAAAAAGGCAUCAAAAUCAAUUCCAGUGUUUUUACUAAAUGACAAAAAACCUGGAGCUUUAAAUUUGAAUACAUUUUCCAUACCUGAAAAUGGAGGAGUUAGACUUUAUGUCCUGUACUACAGUUAGCCAGCAGGGGGAGCUCUGAAUAUUUAGGCUUGUCAUGUCUUCCACGGUGUUUGGACUCAAAAGAAAAAUUAGCAAUACCAAACAGAUUUGAAACAACUGUGGCUUUGUGACUUGAGUGUGUUUUUUGUCCUCAGAGUGUUUUAAUUGACAAUGAUUUGUUUUAUUUAUCUUUCCUUUGUUUAUGCUGUACCAUCUCUCCUUUAUUCAUGUGUGGGAGCAAAGUUGAUGUUGCAGCAAUACAAAAAAGGAACAUUUACAGUCUUCUGUGCCUCAGAGGUCCCUUAUUUCUUACCAAAAGGAGACAAAGAAGGACGUGGGGGAAAGCAUAAAGAGUCAGUGUUGCAGAGUCUUGCAGUUUUAUUAUUCAGGAAACCUAUGCAAGAGAGAGAGAGAGAGAGAAAUAAAUUAGAAGCCUUACUGAGCAGAAAGUAUUUCAGAGUAUUGGUUCAUCUGAGUUAUCCUCAGAGGAGAGUAUUAAAUGCUUGCAGAGGACAAGGUUAUAUCAGAAAGAUGUUAAGAAACUCAGCUUUGUCAGUGUAUCUUUAUUGCGCUCUCUUUGUAAGAGAUUUAAUGUAUUUGACCCUUUUGAGGGUUUAAAGGUUUUAGCUUCAUUUUAAACUUCUAUCUUGUUUUUAUCCGUCUUCAGUGUGCUUGAAUGUUUGAGAGUAUUCCGAUUACUGGUCCUUAGAGCAACUCUUCACUCAUUUCAGUUGUGUGCUUUUUUGGUCUCUGUUUUUAAAAUGAAUGCUGUGGUUUUUGUGUGUGUGUAGACUGUGGAAACAUGCCUGGACUUGAGCUCCAGGCUGCCUGACUUUGGUUCUUGUUGGUUUCAUUAUCAUUUACCAGAGAUGUAAGCAUACCUGUUACUCUCCACCUCCUUCCUUUGAGACUUGACUCUGUGUUCAUUUGUUUUUAUGGCUGCAGUUGUGUUGUGUGAUACAUUUCUAUUUAUUCUGUGUGUUCAUGGACCUUUAAACAGGCUGUGUGAUUUGUGCUCAAGUGAUGGUUUGUAUCGCUUUUUGUAAAAUAUUUCAAUAAAAUGGAAAUAUUUUUAGUACA